AUGUGGAAACUGAUUCCGUCCUCAGAUGAGAAAGGAUGGAGACGACAAGGAUGUGAUUGGUUAGUUUUUAAAGCGGGACAAGUGAAUGACACGGGGUUGCGAGUGUCCCUGCAGACGACAGGAGGACGUUUGCGAAACGUCGCGACCCAGACGCCGUGGUUCCUAGAGCGAAUGUCAAUAGCAAGUUAUACGGGAACGUUGACCCUUGUUGACUUUGACCACGUCUAUGGGUGCUUCCGUUGCCCCCCCCCCUUCCCCCCACACAACUCCUGCAGGAGUUUCCCUGAUAUAAGCCCAACUCUGGAUACACAGGACAGACAGGAGGGCUCCACCUGUGGAACUAUGAAGUUUGCUUGCCUCACUGUGGUGCUGCUGGUGGCAGCAACGGAAAUUAACGCUGGUUGGAUUUACGGUGGGGGUGGAGGAGGACAUGGCGGCGGUGGAGGUGGUUAUGGUGGGGGUGGACACGGAGGUGGGGGCGGCGGCGGACACGGAGGGGGCGGAUAUGGAGGCGGUGGACAUGGGGGCGGCGGAUACGGAGGGGGUGGUCAUGGAGGUGGCGGUGGUGGACACGGAGGCGGUGGAUAUGGGGGUGGCGGCGGCGGACAUGGCGGUGGGGGUGGGGGCGGACACGGAGGUGGUGGAUACGGGGGUGGACCAACGAUCAUCAAGAUCAUCACGUUAGGAGGAGGCGGGGGUGGACAUGGGAGCGGCGGUGGAGGUGGACACGGAGGCGGUGGAUACGGUGGUGGUGGACACUUUGGAGGCGGUGGCUACGGAGGUGGUGGACAUGGCGGGGGCGGCUACGGUGGAGGCGGCAAAGGAGGUGGCGGCGGAGGCGGUGGCAAGGGUAAGUGA